AUGUCGACCGCAGCAUUCGCCGCCAGCGUGACGCACGCCCUCGUUGCCGUCGGGCAUACGGUCCACGGCGUCAACACGUUCUCGCUCCCUCCCUUCCGCUCCCUGACCGCGCUGCUGGCCUGCUACGCCAAAGCAGGCUGGUACCAGGGCAGCGCCUUCUUCACCAUCCUCGCGCUGUACACUUAUCAGUUGUCGAAGAAGCCCGCCGCGAGCUGGACGCAGAUCGACCGCGCGAUCCUGGGCAUGUUGGUUGCGUGA